AUGAACUUGGAUUUUGAAACAAGUGAUUCAGAUGAUUUAGAUACAGUACUUUCACCUCCUUGUUCACCAGUAAAUACAAACAUAAAUAUAGUCAAUACGGUAGCUGUUCAUCAAAUAGAAUUAGAUGUCCAAAGAGCUAGAAAAUGUUCUUAUAACUAUAAAAAAAAUGUUAAAGAUAAGAGAGUAUACUGUAUUUUUUGUGAAAAUCUACAAACCAAUUUUCCACGUCAUGUUGAACGCAAGCAUGCACUAGAAACUGAAGUUAGAUCUUUUAUAUUAUUGCCGAAAAAAUCAAAAGAGCGCUUAAGACAAUUAGAACUUCUGAAAAAUAAAGGAAACUUUCACUAUAAUAAAACGAUAUUAGAAAAAAAAAAGGGUUCACUUAUAGUUGGUAGACGACCUACAUCUUCUGAAAAAGUGGCUGUCAAUGACUAUUUACCGUUUACAAAAAGAAGAAAUGUACAGUCUCAAUGCGCUAUGCUGUUACAAGAUACAGAUGAUUUCAAGCAAUUAACUGCUGAAGUUUUUAUUCAUAUGAAAUAUGACAAUAUAUCUUUUACAGCUCAAAACGAUAAACUGAUAUGUGCAUUUGGAGCUAGAUUACUAAAAAAUCAUCGUGAACAACACCUAAAAACGUAUAUAUCACAACGCAUGAGACAAAUCAGUAAACUUUUAUUGAUAUUAAGAACAUUAGUUCCAGAACUAAAAAACUUAGAAGAUUUUUUAGUACCCCAAUAUUUUAAAACAAUUGUCAAUGCUGCAAAAGAAAUAAGUGGUUACAAUGAAACUGAAAACUCUUACAUUCACCCAUCUAUAGCUCUGAAAUUAGGACAUACAAUUCUGCAAUGUGCCGAUAUCAUAGAAUGCCAAUCAAUUAUUCAAGGCUCUUCUCAAGAUAAAAUAAAUAAAAUAAAAAAUUUUGUUACAGUAUUUCAAAAAGAAUGGAAAUUUUCAAUUUCAUCUAACGCCUGUCAGGACCUUUCAAAAAAAAAAUUCAAUAAAACUAUAAACCUCCCAGAUGCUAAAGAUAUUACAGUACUACACAAUUAUUUGUUAAACCAAAUAAAAAAUGUAACUCAUCUCGUUGAUGAACAAAAAGAAAUUAACCAAGAGACAUAUAAAUUAUUUUGUAAAACUUUAUUAACCCAAAUAAUACUACUAAACAGACGAAGAUCAGGUGAAGUAGAAAGAAUACAAAUAACAGAUUAUUUAAAUAGAGACAAAAAAAAAAUGCAGGAAGAAAUUUUGAAAUCUCUCACUGAAGUUGAGUCAAAACUAUCUAAUAGUUUUAUAAGGUUUGAAAUAAGAGGUAAAAGAGGCAGAGGAGUACCUGUUUUGUUAACUCCAGACAUGAAAAAAUCUUUGGAUUUAAUGUUGGAUAUGAGAGCUUCUGUACAUAUUUUUGAACAAAAUAAAAAUCUUUUUGCUAUACCAUACACUGCUGUAGGAGUGUAUAGGGGGUCAGAUUGCCUGAGAAGUGCAGCUAUUAAAUGUGGAGCAGCUCAACCACAAUUAUUAACUUCCACAAAACUAAGAAAACAUGUUGCGACAAUAACACAAUUAUUAAAUCUAACAACUAAUGAUCGUGAACAAUUGGCUAAUUUUAUGGGUCAUGACUUGGCAAUUCACAAUGAGUAUUAUAGACUUCCGGACAAUACUUUGCAACUUAGCCGUGUCAGUAAAAUAUUGCUUGCUGCAGAAUCAGGUAAAAUUAACGAACUCAAGGGAAAAACACUAGACGAAUUUGAUGACAUUAUAAUUCCAAAUGAUUUAAAUGAAAGUUCAUCAGAUGAAAAAGAAGAUGAUGAAAAAGAAGAUGAUACAAUUGAAAAUAGUGACUUGUUUGAAAACCAUGUUCGAAUGAACAUCAGUGAGACAGAAAACUCAAUCACAGUAGUUGCUAAAAAAUCCAAAAAAAGAGGGGAUUAUAUAAAAUGGACCAUGGCUGAAAUAAAUGCAAUCAAACGAUCACUUGGAAAAUUUAUUGCACUCCGAAAAAUUCCUCAACAGCACGAUUGCUUACUAGCAAUUAAAAAUGAGCCUAUUCUCAAAAACAGAGAUUGGAAGAAAAUCAAAUUUCAAGUGGAAACAGUGAAGUUAUAUUAA